CACACACACAAUCUCUCCUAUCUUAACGUUAGGUCACCAAUACCUGCAGGCUAGUAUGUUGGCAGAAUAAAAAUAGCAUCUCAUCUUCUUUUGUGCUAUUCGGUGAUUCUUGAGUUGGGUGCAUCAUGUGUCUCCUUAAAACAAAUGACUUGCACCGGAUUUUCCUAGAACUCGACAGAAAUGGUGAUGGUCUCUUGAGUGCAGUGGAGCUCAAUUGGCUUCUUGAAAGCAUCGGAGGAGUCCAUUUUAGUCUGGAGGAGCUUGAGUCUUCGGUGGGGAAGUCAUGCCUCAACUUUGAUGAGUUCUUGUUAUUCUACGACUCCAUAACAAAGCAAAGCGGCGGCGGAGACAGCGAGGCAGUACUAGCAGAUGAUCAGGAGGGCUGCAACAGGGAGGACUGUGACCUUGUUAAGGCAUUUAAGGUGUUUGAUUCUGACGGCGACGGAUUCAUUUCUAUCGAGGAGCUUCAAAGCAUGCUGUCACGACUUGGACUAUGGGAUGAGACGACUGGCAAGGAUUGUAGAAGUAUGAUUUGUAGAUAUGAUACAAACUUAGAUGGGGUUCUUGAUUUUGAGGAAUUCAAGAAGAUGAUGCUUCAUUCCAGUUCUUAAUUAAUUAAUCAUUUUUGGGGCAGUAGUCUAGGACUCUAGAGGUUUGGAUUUUUACCUUAGGUUUGAAUUCGUGAUGGUCGGCCUCUUAGACCUCACUGGCUGUCGAUCUUGUAGGCCAACUUUUAAUGCUAUAUGUAUCGCUUUCAUGCUGGUUGAAUGUAGUUGUUAUGGUACAUCUAUGUAUGUACAGCAGAAUUUUCAGGGAGUUAUAUCAGAACCGAUUUCCGGUUGCCACA